GCCAUGCCGCUUUGAGACUGUCUUCAUGGGGCAGUGCAAGGACUUCAUAAUUUCUCACCACAACGGAGAUUUCAAAUAUAUACAACAUGAGAGGAGAUGUUUUUCGUUGCUGCUGCCAUUAUUGUCCCUUGUGCAAUAAUCUAUUCUUUACACCAAGGGCCACGAAUUUGUAAGGCUGCUGCGGCUGAGCCUUGCCUGACCUCAUAGAAUGGCGCUGUGGGGAUUCAAAUGGCUGAAAUUCUUUCUAAAUCCAUUCGGUGACGAUGACUUCGAACACAUAAGCGAGGACGACCGGCGAGCCUACAUCGUACAUCGACUCGAAACCGCCAAACUCAAGGAAUACUCAUGGGUAGUAGUGGUAGCUGGCGUAGGCUUCUUCACUGAUGCAUACUCCAUCUUUGCUAUCAACAUGGUUAUACCAAUUCUUGGGAUCGUAUACUACGGCGGAACGAUGCCUCACAAUUACGAGACAGCCCUGAGCGUUGUCACUCUUGGUGGAUCAAUAAUUGGCCAAAUUGGAUUUGGGUUUGGUGCUGAUAUCUGGGGAAGGCGUAAGAUGUAUGGGCUGGAAUUGAUUGUCACGAUCGUUGCCACACUCGGAGUGGUAAUGGCAUCGAAUGGAACUGCUGGUAGCAUGUCCGUGAUUGUAUGGUUGCUGGUAUGGAGGUUCGUGCUUGGAAUUGGCAUUGGUGCUGAUUAUCCUUUGUCGGCAGUUAUCUGUUCAGAAUUCGCCCCCACCAGAAUGCGAGGCAAGAUGUUGACCUUAGUGUUCGCAUGUCAACCAUUGGGACAAUUAGCAGCAACUUUGGUCGCCCUGAUCGCCUCUGUAAGGCAACGCAGCGGUAUCCCAGGAGAUGCUACCAUCACUAAGUGCAACGAAGAGUGUAAAAGGACACUGGACAGCAUUUGGCGGUGGAUCAUUGGAGUGGGAGUCAUCCCAGCAGUGAUUGCUCUCUGGUUUCGCCUCACAAUCAUCGAGUCGCCGAGAUAUACUGCCGAUGUUGGGGGAGAUACCGCUAAGGCAGCUUCAGAAUUGAAAAGAUAUCUUUUGGGUUCGCAGCAAAUUGGACUUGUUUCAUCGACGUCAAUUGAUACACACAAUCGGUCGGCUUAUCGAAGACCGCUUCGGCGUAGAAGCACGUCGUCUGGAGCAAGAUCUGGCCCUGUGAACCAUACAGGCCUCGAUAAUCAGCAGCAUGAAACUCAACCGCUGUCAAGAAGAUCAUCAGGUGCAUUGUCUGUCAACCCUUCUCCGGAAGAAGCGAAUACAGAACAACACGAGACUCAUCCUCUGACACGCAAUUCCUCCGGAGCGAUAUCUAUCGAGUCUGGCGCCAGAACCGACAACGGGGAUGAAAAUCAUGAUCUUCGAACAGAACAGCAUAAUUUAAUGCCUGUCGACCUCCACGAAGCCGAAGGUUCAUCUACUGUGUCACCUCUACACGGAGGCUUUGACUCACGCCAAGCUGGAACUGAUUUCAACCUGAAUGAUGGAUCUUACGAGCCUCAAAAUGUCGCACGAGCGCCUUAUCAAGAUGAUCCAGAAGCGAAUAUCGAUUUUCACACGAACAGACUGACGCAAAAUCCGUCGAAGCAGUAUUUCAUGACGUCCACCGGGAAAGCUUUUCCUAUAACGCCGUCGAAUGGAAAUGUUGCGAAUUCGGAUGACAACAAACAACCUCCUCCUCCAAACUGGGAAGAUUUCAAGGACUAUUUCUGGCAUAAGGGAAAUCUUCGGACCCUGAUAGCCACUUCUGUCUGUUGGUUCUGUGUUGAUCUUCCUUUCUACGGCCUCGGAAUGAACUCACCACACAUCAUAACCGUAAUUUGGUAUGGCAAGAACCCUCAACCUCAAACCGUAUACGACCUACUCGUGCACAACGUCUGGCAAAGUCUCGUCGUCGUCUCCAUUGGUGCCAUUGUCGGGAUCUCGAUCACCUUCGUCGCAAUCGACAGGCUCGGACGGAAAUGGAUCCAGAUGAUUGGAUUUUUCUGGCUUUUCAUCCUGUUUAUCGUUAUUGGAGGUUCCUUCUACCACUUGUAUGACAUCGGAGGCCAGGCUGCUAUUGUUGUGCUGUACAUUCUCUGUCAGAUCUUUUUUAAUUUUGGUCCUAAUGCAACCACAUAUAUCAUGCCAGCCGAGCUAUUUCCAACAAGAUACCGAGCCCUCUGUCACGGUAUAUCCGCCGCUUCAGGCAAACUUGGAUCCGUAAUUGCGCAAGUAUUCCUCGCCUACAUCAACUACGGCCACGGCGACAACUACAACGAUAUCCCAAAAUGGCUCCCGUACUCGCUCCUCAUAUUCUCGAUAUUCAUGCUCAUCGGCCUCUACACAACCAUCGUUUGGAUCCCCGGCCAAGAGCACUCCCCCUCCGGCGCCGUCAAGACGCUCGAGCAAUGGCAAAAGGGCCGCGUGCCAGAGAAAGACUACUCGCACACCCGGUGGGGCAAAGUCGUGGUGAGCGUAUGGAGAUGGAUCGGUAGUGUCGGGGGGUAUAUAUUUAUGGUGCUUGAUAGCUUGAGUGGUGGGGAAGAGAAGGAGAGGAGGAGUGGGAAGGUGGUUGUGGAUGGGGAGAGAGAAUUGGAUGAGGUGGAUGAUGAAAGAGGGAGGAGCGGGGCGGAUGGUGAGAGAGCGAGGCCUUUUGUGAAUGGGAGUGUGAGGCAUGCUUCUCGGUAGUGGAUAAUUAUCUCGUUAUUCGUAAGAGCGGUUCUAAUUGAAGCUUUGCUCUCACCAUUUACCAAUGCGGGCAAGACG